GGUGAGCAUCUGAAGUCCUAGCUACUCUGGAGGCUGAGGCAGGGGGAUCACUUGAGCCCAGGAGUUGGAGACUAGCCUGGGCAACGUAGCAAGACCCCCGUCAAGAUUUUUUUUAAUUUAAAAAAUUUUCAAAAAGUGGCACAGAUGCAUUGAACAUUGACCUUCCUUUGUCUGCUUUUAUGGGAAUAUCCGGCUCGCUGUGAUAGUUGUGAUGAAAUUUACAUCCAGGAUACAGGAUUAUUUGUUCUUCUCAAAGGAGUGUCUCAUUGGCCCAGCAUUUCUCCCAUGUUGUAUCUCCCCUGUGACUAUGAAGAAACCCUGAACUGAUGCAACCACUACUUGAAAAUAAGGUUCCAAGCCAAUCUUAAUUGCACUAGGAAAAGGCAGCCAUUCUUUUGGGUAGGGGGAGAAAUGAGCUUGGGUGGUCAUACUGCUUGUUAGCAAUUAUCUGGCUUCCAUUGGAGCAUCAUCCAGAAAUUUACGUCUUAAUUGGAACAAGAAGAAAAUGGAUGCUAUUAUCAUUUCAUUAGGUCUCUAAACUCCUUCUUGAAUGAUACAUAUGAUAUGGAUGUGCUGUUCUUUCAUUACUCUCAUCAUCAACAAAAACAAUAUGUGUGUUUUAAUGCCAACCAGAGACUCUGUGCUAGGUUCUGGGGAUACAAUGAAAUAUAAACUCCUAACCUUUUAGAAGCUAGCAUAAGUGAUAGUAGCACUUAUAGAAUUAAAUGAAGCAGAUUUUAAAAUGAGGUUACAGCAAAAGAAAAAAAUACUGUAAAUACAAUUUUAUACCAAUACUGACAUAGCUUAUUUCACAUAAAAGAAAAAGCAAUUUAAGCAAUUUUAAAAAUUCAAAUUUAUUCUAGAGAAUAAAUUCCAAAUUUAUAGCAAAAAAAGAGCAGAGUUUUCAUUAGCUUUCAAGAAUAAUACAGCCCCAAAAUAUUUAAUAUUCUAUAUUAUGGGAAUAUUUUAUGUAAGUCAUCCCAACACCAAAUAAUGCUAAAAAUAACUAUAUAGGUUCAAUAUCAUGAUUUUAUUAACUAUAGAUUUUUAGACCUUUUCUUACUUUUUGUUAUUGAAUCAUUCACAGCUUUUAUUGGUUGAAUUGCCUUCUCCUAAAAGUACCAAAGUGUGGAGAGUUUUUUUGGCUGAGCAAUAUUCAGAUUCUUUUAGUGUAAGACAGAUUCUGUGAAGUAAUAUUGAAGACUAAAUGUUGAAGAGUAGCUUUCUCUAAUACCAAACGGUCAGUUUUUUCAAAUGUCAUGAACUGGAGUACAGUUAACUUUUCAUCCUCUUCAUUAUAGAAUAAUUCCUCAUUAUCCCCAUUCUUUCUUCUGCUGAGGCUGUGGUGGUAUACUCAAAGUCACAUCCAUACCCUUCUGUCUCCAAAGUCCUAGGAGAGAUGGCCCUCUUCUCAACCUCUACAUUGCAUAGAACCCUACAUCCCUCAACAGAAGGAAUACCUAGUGCAUAAGGAAAGUGGCCUUUCACCACUCGUCCUCACUCUGUAACAUCACCAAGGACUAUCCUGCAAGGGGACUGUCCAUAGGAUGAAUAGCAAUAGACUGCUGCAUUGAUGUGCACAGUGCUGACAACCCAUUGGUGUGCAGAGCACCCUAGGCAAGAUCUAAAGUUCUAAGAUCUUAUGUAAAUCACCAGCAUGCUCUUUUAUGUAUCUGGUUAUAAUAUCCUUCCAAUCAAUAUUUUAAAGGGCAGGACACUGGGGGAAUCUUAAGGCUUUGAAGACAGGGAUAGUCACAUGCAUGUCUUAUAAAUUAUCUGAUGAUCAUACACUGUUUAAUGAUAGUAAUGACUCUACUUAAACAAAUAUAUUAUUUCUGAUAUCAGUGCAUGCCAACUGACCUUCAGGUUUAAGCAAAUGAGAAGAACACUCUUUUAAGUAUAUUUGGAUAAUUUUGAUAUAGUUACAUGUGAACUCAUUAAGUAUAGACACCUUGGCUUAUUAUUUACUGCCUAAGCCUAGAUCAAUACCUGGUGCUUAGUAGGUAUUUGAUGAAUGAUGGGAUGGAUAAAUGUAAAAAUAAGUCUUUUCAGUGUCUAAAGACAAAACAGAUACAUAAUGAGAUACAGAUGAGAUUGGCUCAUCCAUCUUUAUUUUCAUUCAUUUGAAUGUCCAUGUGAGCAAGUUAUUUUGUAAGUGAUCUAGCACUGCAGUGUGACUAUCAUUAACAUAAAAUAAUGAUUAAUCCACAUUGUAUAACUGUUUUGUUAGUAAUGUAGGGAUGCUUUGUGUGUUGCUUGGUUUGUGUAUGCUGCCAAAAGUGUAAGCAACAUUUACUGAGCUGCUAUGUGGCAGGCUCUGUGUUUAUUAAAAUUGUAGUUUUUGCUAAUUGACUGUUUUUUGGCACAUCCAUUUUGUUCAUCAUUGUAUGCCUAGCACCUAGCUUUAGGCUUGCCACAUAUUAUAUUGGCAAUUAAUAUUUGUUGAACAAACAAAUGCAUGAAAUACAAUGAGUAAGACAGGUUUUUGCUUUCAAGUAAAGCAUAGUCUGGGGUAAGAAGGAAUGUCAGAAUGUGGUGGGUGCUAUAGGAGUAGGUGUUACCAGAUUCUGAUGCUAUGGAAUAAUAAACUGUUAAAAUAUAUAAUCUUAUGUUUCAGAAGCUAAAGCACAGUAUGGGAACUAUUAGAGGCUUAGAAGGCCUCACUACCCAGUAGACUCAGAAGUUGAAUGGUGUCUGAGAAAAAAGAGAAUAGAAGUAGCAGUAGGUGAAGAGUCCAGAAGUGAUUCCCUUUGAGGACAGGUGGAAAGACUGCAUCUGUAUGUUGCCAAAGAGUAACAGAGACUGGUAUAGGACUGGAGUUCGAUUCAGUCAUAUCCUUAAAUAUUGUGCCAUUGUGUCUGGAUUACUUUGUAGUAUAAGUAAAUUUCCAAGCAUGGGGAGGGAAGGAGAAGCGCCUUUAUUGAGAAUUCAACUGAAUAUAGAGAAGACUAAUUUUACACAACCGUAAUCACUGCAGUCAUUUGGACAAAUUAGCAAACCCAAGUUUUGCUUUAACUUGGAUUGCUUUAAUAAAGAUGUUUUGGGGCUUAAUGGCACAGUUGCCCAACUCCCCACUUUAUUCUGUGCUGUUCAGAGCCAGCCAGCAUUUCCCCAUCAAGCUCUUGCACCAUGAUUGACAGGGACACUUUUACUAGUCCCCUUGAAGAAUGAAUAGUUACUCAAUGUAGAUUAACCAGAUAUAUAUUUAUUUUACUCAGGGAAUAUCAGGAUAAAUAUAAUUCAGAGAAUUAAUUGCCUUCUCGUAUACUGCCCUGUGUGGGGACAUCUUUGAAAGUCCGCAAAGUCACUGUGAUUCUAGUAGGCCACUCAUGUGACAAGACCUGCUCCCACAUCAGUAAUUUGGCACAGCUAGUGUCUCUCCUUGCCAAAAAGGGCAAAGGCCUUGAGCAAGAAGCCAGCUUUUUCCUGAUUACAAAACCGACCACAAUUCCUCGCCAACCUAACAGCGUAAGUCUAUUUUUUUCUGGUGAUGUGUUACUCUUCUCACAGAGAACUCCAUUUUUUCAUUAUGACAUAGCACUUAUCAUUUAAACAUCAAUUGAUGUUCAAAUAUCAGCUGAUGUAACAUUGCUGUAGUUGCUAUUGAUGGAUAAGCUGAAGUUUUUAAGAAAGCAAACCCGAUAUUUAAAUCGAAACCAUAUCAAACCCUUCUUCAUUCUCUCAACUAUUUAAUUUUACAGAAUUUGGAUAGCAGUCAGUAUCAUUUUGGGCUUCACAAAUCAGCAGAACAAGUACCUUAGGAAUACAACAUUUCGGUAGCAUGCUAAUACCAACGUUUAAACUAUGGAUAUGUAUUUGAAUUCCAAAAUUUUCUUCAAAUCGCAUGAUUAGAGAUUCAACCAGGAAUAGAUAUUGAAAGAAAACUUUGCCCAAAUAAGCUUUCUGGUAUUUCAUAAGCAAGAGAUUUAAAGUUUUCCAUUUAAGAAGGAAUUGAUGUGAAUUUUGCGACAAUUAAAAAUGCAAGUGGAUAUUGAACAGUCUCUGCUCUGAUAAUUCUAAAUACAGUAUAGUUCACGCCCCUCACAAGACACUGAACAUGUGGGUCACUGGCGAGACAGUGUGGCAAUAUUUUCCCUGUAAUGUACCAAGUCUUGCCAAAGCAGUGAACAACAUUAUGACACAACUUUUCGUCACAGCUGGCUCCUAACAGGACAGUGCCAGCCAAUUCAAGCCCAGUCCUUUCUGUGUUUAUUCCCAUCUCUCCCAAAUAUUUGGAAACUGAUGUCUUGACUCAUGGGUGUAUUCACAAAUUCUGUUACCUCAAGUCUUUUUCUUUUAACGGAUUGAUCUUUUGCUAGAUAUAGACAAAAUAUCAGUGUGAAUUACAGCAAACCCCUAUUCCAUGCUGUUAUGGGUGAAACUCUGGGAGAUUCUCCUAUUGACCCAGAAAGCGAUUCCUUCACUGAUACACUGUCUGCAAACAUAUCACAAGAAAUUACCAUGGUUGACACAGAGAUGCCAUUCUGGCCCACCAACUUUGGGAUCAGCUCCGUGGAUCUCUCCGUAAUGGACGACCACUCCCACUCCUUUGACAUCAAGCCCUUCACUACUGUUGACUUCUCCAGCAUUUCUGCUCCACAUUAUGAAGACAUUCCAUUCACAAGAACAGAUCCGAUGGUUGCGGAUUAUAAGUAUGACCUGAAACUUCAAGAGUACCAAAGUGCAAUCAAAGUGGAGCCUGCUUCUCCACCUUAUUAUUCUGAGAAGACUCAGCUCUACAAUAAGCCUCACGAAGAGCCUUCCAACUCCCUCAUGGCAAUCGAAUGUCGUGUCUGCGGAGAUAAAGCUUCUGGAUUCCACUAUGGAGUUCAUGCUUGUGAAGGAUGCAAGGGUUUCUUCCGGAGAACAAUCAGAUUGAAGCUUAUCUAUGACAGAUGUGAUCUUAACUGUCGGAUCCACAAAAAAAGUAGAAAUAAAUGUCAGUACUGUCGGUUUCAGAAAUGCCUUGCAGUGGGGAUGUCUCAUAAUGCCAUCAGGUUUGGGCGGAUGCCACAAGCCGAGAAGGAGAAGCUGUUGGCGGAGAUCUCCAGUGAUAUCGACCAGCUGAACCCAGAGUCCGCUGACCUCCGGGCCCUGGCAAAACAUUUGUAUGACUCAUACAUAAAGUCCUUCCCGCUGACCAAAGCAAAGGCGAGGGCGAUCUUGACAGGAAAGACAACAGACAAAUCACCAUUCGUUAUCUAUGACAUGAAUUCCUUAAUGAUGGGAGAAGAUAAAAUCAAGUUCAAACACAUCACCCCGCUGCAGGAGCAGAGCAAAGAGGUGGCCAUCCGCAUCUUUCAGGGCUGCCAGUUUCGCUCCGUGGAGGCUGUGCAGGAGAUCACAGAGUAUGCCAAAAGCAUUCCUGGUUUCGUAAAUCUUGACUUGAACGACCAAGUAACUCUCCUCAAAUAUGGAGUCCAUGAGAUCAUUUACACAAUGCUGGCCUCCUUGAUGAAUAAAGAUGGGGUUCUCAUAUCCGAGGGCCAAGGCUUCAUGACAAGGGAAUUUCUAAAGAGCCUGCGAAAGCCUUUUGGUGACUUUAUGGAGCCCAAGUUUGAGUUUGCUGUGAAGUUCAAUGCACUGGAAUUAGAUGACAGCGACUUGGCAAUAUUUAUUGCUGUCAUUAUUCUCAGUGGAGAUCGCCCAGGUUUACUGAAUGUGAAGCCCAUUGAAGACAUUCAAGACAACCUGCUACAAGCCCUGGAGCUCCAGCUGAAGCUGAACCACCCUGAGUCCUCGCAGCUGUUUGCCAAGCUGCUCCAGAAAAUGACAGACCUCAGACAGAUUGUCACGGAACACGUGCAGCUACUGCAGGUGAUCAAGAAGACGGAGACAGACAUGAGUCUUCACCCGCUCCUGCAGGAGAUCUACAAGGACUUGUACUAGCAGAGAGUCCUGAGCCGCUGCCAACAUUUCCCUUCUUCCAGUUGCACUAUUCUGAGGGAAAAUCUGACACCUAAGAAAUUUACUGUGAAAAAGCAUUUUAAAAAGAAACGGUUUUAGAAUAUGAUCUAUUUUAUGCAUAUUGUUUAUAAAGACACAUUUACAAUUUACUUUUAAUAUUAAAAAUUACCAUAUUAUGAAAUUGCUGAUAGUA